AUGGAGGGGAUCGAGCGAAAGGGUGCCAUCCCGUGGGGAGAUAAUCCUGACUACAAGGUCUUUCGACAUGUCGUCAAUGACUAUGGGGCUGAUCCCACAGGUCAAAGAGAUUCUACGGCAGCAAUCCAAAGGGCCAUCAAUGACGGUAAGCGAUGUGGCGCCGCUUGCAAUGGGGCCACUACCAAAAAUGCCAUCGUAUAUUUCCCUCCCGGAACGUACCUUGUGUCUAGCUCGAUUAGCAUUUACUUCGGCACUCAGAUCAUUGGUGAUGCAAUUAACUUGCCAACCAUCCGAGCCGCCUCGAGCUUUGUCGGUCUCGGAGUCUUGUCCACCCAGAUUCGCAAUUUGAAGAUCGAUAUCACGGCAAGCAAUCCGGGUGCCUAUGUGGCUGCACUCCACUAUCAGGUGGCCCAGGUGAUGACAAUUGAGAAUGUUGAGAUCAUCGCAGAUUCUGCCAUGACUCAGCAAGGCAUGUACGCGGAGAAUGGUAGCGGGGGCGUCAUGUCAGACAUCACUUUCACCGGCGGCAACUUCGGGAUUUAUAGAGGCAGUCAGCAGUUCAGUGCCGCGCGGUUGACAUUUAAUGGCUGCAAUACUGCAGUCAAAGUCAUCUGGGACUGGGGUUGGGUGUGGAAGAGCAUCACGGUCAAGAACACCAAAGUUGGAUUCCGACUAUACAACGAUGCCAACGGGCAGAUCUCAGGCUCGGUGACCAUUAUCAACUCGGUCUUCUCCAGUACCGAGUCUUUUACAAUUGAGAUGGCCGUCCCAGUUAAUGUCAUGGACUCCGGAUUCACCGGGUUGGUUUUGGAUAAUGUCACAAUCUUUGCUGAUUCAACAAACAAACCCUCUCUCCUGGGACCAUCCAUCGCGGGACUUGAUGUGGCUCCUUACUUUGAACAUCCCAGGAACCAGUACACUAACAAAACCGCAGUAGACUUUAUUCAUCUCAAGGAUGAAGGUGCUGCUAGCGAUGGCUCAAUAGACAACACAGACGCUGUUCAGAAUGCCUUCAAUAAAUAUGGCAAUGGCAGCAAGAUCAUCUUGGUAGAUACCAGCACCUACAUCAUCAAACGCACCAUUACUGUUCCCAAGAAUGCAAAGAUCAUCAGUGAGACCUGGUCGCAGUUUGCAGCAUCAGGAGGUUACUUUAGCAAUGCCAGCAAGCCCGCGGUUAUGCUUAGGGUCGGUAACAAGGGGGAGGUCAGCAAUAUAGAGCUACAAGAUCUCAUCUUGACAAGCAAAGGUCCGACCCCAGGAGUUAUCCUGAUGGAGUGGAACGUCGCCGCAGAAAGCGCAGGCUCAGCCGCGCUGUGGGAUGUCCACAUACGGCUGGGGGGUGCAACGGGGACCAAGUUAACGCUGACAGAGUGUCCUCCGAUCACCACUGGGACCAAUCCAUCUUCAUGUCAACUUUGGGUGGCAGACCACAUGAUUGACGAUCCGUUGCUCAAUGACCCAUUGAACAACAUGGAACAGCUCUCCAUGUACAGUGCACAGGGCAUGCUGAUCGAAAGCCAAAAGGCCACAUGGCUGUACAGGACAGCUUCGGAGCAUAGCGUCUUCUACCAGUACAACUUCAAUGGCGCCCAAAACAUCUUCACCACGUUCUUGCAGACCGAAUCACCUUACUACCAGCCGACGCCGAAGCCCCCUGCACCAUUCGACCAGGUGGUCGGUACCUUUGACAGCGAUCCCACGUACGGCAGCGAUGGCAGCGAUGCGGACGGCUGCGAUGCCUCGUGCGCUGUCAUCAUGAAAAACCUCCGAAUGCUCAAAGCACUUUGA